AUGCAACUCAAAACGAAGGAGAUAACGUACAAGAAUGAGGAGUUCAUCAUCAAGAAGUUCAAAUACGACCUACAGUUCUUUCCAUACUACAAUGCCCGCUUUAAUGCAAUGGCAGAAUCGGUGAGGAAACAAGCCACUAUAUCGUGGCCUACAACACCUAUCCACGACAUGUCCGAUCUGGCUACGAACGAGGAGGAUGAAGAGGAGGAUGAACACAUGAAAAAUGGUGGCUCCUCACAGGGUAGUGACUCGAAACGAUCACACAUUGAUUUAGAAAUCCUCAAUGGAAAAGUGGUAGUGGUCUUGGGCACUUUGUUCAAAAAGAUGCCCAAUCAGCCAAACAUCCUAAAGGAAGUGGAUGCCGAGAAAAAAUUGUUAUCCCUGAAGCACGCAGAUGAAGAGGUGACAAACUUCGUGUCCAAAGAGGACCGGAUGUACCUGCAAGCCGGAAACGAGACCAUGGAACUGAAAGGCGAAGAGUUAAAGAUGGACAAGUUGUGCACCGGCAUUUGCGUUGCCGUCAAAGGGCACAUUAACCAACAUGGCAGCGGCUUCAUCGUCGAGGACAUUUGCCAUGUAGCUAUUGACGAAGUAGAGCGGCCACUCAAACCCGUCGACUACUACGUUGUCAUCGCCUCUGGGCUAGGCUUUUCAAUGGACAUGGCUAAAAAUGACCUGCUGUCGAGUUCGCUGAACCUUCUCUUUGAACUUCUCGUUGGCAAUUCGAUCCUUUCAAAAGAUAAGCAGAUUACCAACUUUAUCAUUGCCGGCAACUGCAUCGGCAAAAACGCCCGAGACGAAGAAAAGGAUGCCAAUGAGGAGGACAAGUUGACGCCGCUAUGGAACAAAAAGGUUCAAUCGUUCACGGUGGACGCCGUCAAGUUGCUGGACAAGUUCCUCUGCACUGUUGGCCAGUUUCUCUCGGUGGACAUCAUGCCUGGCGUGCUGGAUCCUUGCAACACCCUCUGGCCACAGCAGCCAAUGCACCCGUGCCUCUUCCCCAAUGCCUAUCGCCUUGAUUCAGUGCUCUCGGUGACCAAUCCCCACAGAGCCAGCUACUUUGGCGUGGAGUUUUUCGGCACCUCCGGACAGAACGUCGACACUCUUCGCUCCUGUACCGCCCUUUCAGAGAGCACCGAGAUAAUGCGCCACCUAAUGGAGUGGGGACACAUUGCGCCCACCUGUCCGGACACUCUGCCCUGCUAUCCGUACUCCACCAAGGAUCCAUUUGUGCUCACCAGCUACCCUGACAUAUUCUUUGCCGGCAAUCAGCCAGAGUUCUCUGCGACCUCCUUUGAAACGCCCGCCGGCAAGAAGGUUCAACUGCUAGCGGUGCCCGCGUUUGAAGACUCGCGCAUUGUCGCCAUGGUCAACCUGCGCACGCUAAAGUGCGAAAUGAUGGCUUUUAACUGA